GACAACUAAAAAAAUGUUUAAAAAACAGCCUGAGCCUAACCUCUGCUUGAAGAGUAACUCAGGCCUCCCCCAAGAGCUUAGUUCAAAUGAGUUGUUACUUGCAUGAGAAAGGCAGGAAGGUUACUUUUAGUUUAGUAACAUUCAGAAUCAUGAAGUACUGCAAACGACCUGUGUUGACCCUUGGGGCUUGGCCUCAAAUUGGCUGGUAUGAGAGCAAAGUCUUUGGGAUGGGGCAACUUAGGAUAUUAAAGGUAAUGAGAAAGAAAAUACAGCUUUAGAGCUCACCCAAAAGGAAACUUUCUGCCUUGCAUGACAUAAACUUCCUGUCAUUAGUAGACAUUCUGUCAUCUUCUUAAGCUGUCCCUUAAACACUGCAAGUCCAUACAGAUACUGAGAAAAGUAAUAGAAAUUAGAUUUUUAGAUACGCUAAAGACUGUAAGGGCGGAUAAGUCGAGAGUUACAUCGUACAUCAUGUAGCUUACGGUUCCUGGUUGCCUGUUUCAUCCACUCAAUUACGCCAUGCCUGAUCAAAAUGACAUCCCACUAUUUGUAUGAAUCAAGCAUAUUUUCUUGUAAGGAUUUUGAGGGAUAUCAAAAUUUAAGUCUCCAAGGCCUGGUCCAUUUAGAAAUCCUCUGAAAAGUAUGCUAUCAUGGAAGUGUUAUGUUGAAAUAAGACCAUACUAGGAACUAUUUGUUUAAAAAAAAUUAAUACUGCUAGUUCCAAAUCUUUUACCCAGGCAGAAUGAUUGAAUUGCAUGAAGGAACCAAGGGAUACUUUUUGACCUCAGAGUGUUCAAUUUCCUAAUCAUUCUAAUCUUUAAAGUACAGAUGUAAUAGCCAGCACAACUGGCCAGGAUAUGAGAGUUUCACUGCUUUCAUGUACACUUAUAAAAGAUCACCAAGUCAGUAAAUAAAAAUUAAAAAAAAAAAUCUUAAUUUAAUGCUAUGUUCCUACAUCUUCAUGUCAAAACUUUGUCAUAGUAAAUGAAUAGCCAAACUUUCUUAUAUGUACAGUAUAAGUGGUUUGCUUUGCAGCAUGUAAGUCAGUCUGUGAAGUAAAUCUGCCAAGUCAUAACCACUCAUGUUGAAGAAAGAACUGGCCAAUGUACAUGCAUGUAGAUGUACAUCAGUACAAAACAAGGUCACAGAAAGUUCAGGGAAAUGUGAGCCUAGACCUGCUUGGACUGGGUCCCAAAUGACAUCCUUCCAGGCAUGAUUAGACAUGGUAGUCUUCCAUGACUAAAUGAUGUCAUUCUCAAGCAGAAGCUGCUCCUUCCCAUUGGUUGACUGCAAGCACAUGUGCUCUGCAUUACUGUCUUUGGUCUUCUGGUGAAAAGAGCGGGAAAUUCAGUCUUGGAUUUUGAAGGCUUACAGAGAAGACUGUUUUUUUUUUCUCUGGAUUCACGGUUGCUACUUUGUGUGAUGCGUGGAAAGCGAGUGAGAGGUGAGACCUGAAUUUUUUAUUCUUCGUUCUUGACUUGCAUGCUUGCAGUAAUCUUUUCUCUUUUCUCAAAUAUUCAUAGUUACUCCAGACCUCCAGAACUUGAGGUUGAAGAACUUGAGAACUUGCUAAAUCUGAUGCUUAUCAUGAGAAAUCCUUCAUUACUUCAUAGCUGUAUAACAACCAAACCUGACUUUGACACUAUUCAUUGGUAGUGAGGCUUACAUUAAAAAAUUGUCCCUGAAUGCAAACACUUACUGUAGUUUUUUGUUCUUACCACCAGAGCCAAAAAGGCUAUUCGUGUGGUUUCCAGAGGAGGGCCCCGGCAGAGGACUCCUAGUAGAGACAAGCAAAGUUGUGGAGCCAGAGAAGAAUGAGAUCAAGGUUGGGGGGACCGUCACUGUAAGAGAUCCUGAAAAGGACAAGCUGUACAAGGGGGAAGUUCUAUUCCUCACAACAUCAGAUGACUACAGUGUGGCUAGUGAAUUCCAACUCCAGUUUGAAAUGGAGCUGAAACAGAAGGAGAGGGCUAAAAAAAAGAAGGAAGCAGUAGAGGAAGCAGAGAAGCUGAAGGCACCUACGGUGUCACAGGUGACAGAGGCUAAAAAGAAGAAGACCACUGGCCCAAAGAAAGCAGUAGGAGAAGCAGAGAAAAGGAAGGCACCUACGGUGUCACAGGUGACAGAGGCUAAAAAGAAGAAGACCACUGGCCCAAAGAAAGCAGUAGGAGAAGCAGAGAAAAGGAAGGCACCUACGGUGUCACAGGUGACAGAGGCAAAAAAGAAGAAGACCACUGGCCCAAAGGGCAGCAACAGCACUGCAAGAAAGAAGAAGCCCCCCAAAACUAUUGCUGAAAAAAAACUGGAUGGCAUCCGCAGUGCCAAUCUGGAUGAGGCUACUGCAGGGUUACUCGAGAGGAUGAAUCAAAAUCAACAGAAUCCAGAGGAUCCAGAAGGUCAACAGAAUCCAGAGGAUACAGAAGGUCAACAGAAUCCAGAGGAUACAGAAGGUCAACAGAAUCCAGAGGAUACAGAAGAGAUAGAAGAGUUGCCAGCACGUUCUCCUGGCCUGCCGGAGAUCUUUGAUGAAGAGGACAUUAUUGUUCAUAAACAAACUAACAUCAAUCAGGGCACUACUCCUCACCAUCAGAAAACUAGCACUCCCAAAUCAUCCACUUCAUCUCAGGGCAUCAGACUAACUCACAGAUUGCCCAAAACCCGCUUCACCUCGACAUGGCCACAAUCCACCUCAGCAACUCCACUGUUUCAUCCUUACAGUCCACCUUUUCAGCCUAACACAUCCCACCAACCAGCACCAUCCCAGCUCAAUCCCCGGCAACCUUUGUCCACAUUGCUGAAUGACACUAACAAGAUUCUAUACCACCAGGCUAGUGCAAACCCUGCUUUUCAUCCUGAGACAUCCAUACCCCACCAUUCAUCCCCGUUCAGUCAGCAGGACUCAGGCAGGCGAUUUAAAUACCCCAUCCAAAUCCCAAGGGAUACCGUACAGAUGCCAGUUGCCCUGGGUCCACCCAGUCUGGGAGUACUCAUAUACCCAGGGCAACUGAUCAAUGCUGAACUUGUGGGUAAAGGCAGUGGCUCUGGAUACAUGAGAAGACUUAUGGAUUUUUACUUCACCCGAGAAGUGCUGGCAAGCUCGAGCUACAAGGGGUUGGGCAAGCACCAUGCGCUGGACGAGGACAUAAUGGCAGCAAUUGUUUCGGCCACAAAGACAAAAUUUCCUGAAGAUCAAUCGGCAGUCAGUUCAGCAAUCUGUAACAAAUGCUCUCAGGCCAGAAAAUACAUCGCCCGGAAGAAGGCUGCCCCACAAUUCAUCCGAGACACAAGCCUGCCCUGAUUUAAAAAAACAACUUUUUAUGGUCCAAUCCGUGAACUUUGUAUACCCAGUAUUUACAUCAUAUACAAUAACAUAAUCACAUCAUUAAAGGGAUUAGUUCUCCCCAUUUUUGUCAUUCUUGUUUCUGUAGAACAAUGGAAAACAAUUUGUGUUACUAAAACAUAUCUUAUAUUUGUAUAAUACCCAUGAUUUGAAUAUAGUGUACAAGGCUAAUGAUUACCUGCUUUUGACAUCUGUAAGUUUCUUGGAAAACCAAUAAUACAUGUUUCAAAAUUACUAAUGUUGCUAUUCAUCUUUAUCACGUAUAGAAAUCUUUCAACUCUUUCCCAAAAGUUUCACAACCUGGCGCAACUAAAGAACAUGUGCUGAUCAUUCUACGUUGUCUCACAAAUGUGGCAAAGAGGGGAAUCUAUUAUUUUCCAUUUGUAAAGAUUGUUAUUACAGGGUAAAAUUCUAUGUAGUAAUUUGUAAAUGAAAUUUGAGAGUUUUCUUUCAGUUGUGAAGUAAAUUGUUCUAUCAAUCCAGGGAAUUUGAAAGAUUUGAGGAUUUUUAUGGAAGUUGGCUGCCCAUGAUUUUAAACUAUUGGGGCUAUAAAUUUUAUUAAGGAUUAGUUUCUUGUAUAGAAACCUGCAUGUGUAAUAUUUGUAAUCAAAUUCUUUUGUUGUUUGUUCCGUGGAUUGAUAUUGUAUGUUUUUCAGCAGUGCUAUCCAACUUUUGGGAAUUGUGUUUUUCACUUUGUAGAUUUCGCCUAAACAAUCUUUCUUAUCUCUUAAUUUGUCAAGUACACAUGUAUGUUAUUCUCGUUUAUACAAUCAUUUUCAUCUAUCAGGUCUCUUACAUAUAUAAUUCCUGAAUUUAUCCAAUUUUUGAAAUACAAAAUUGUGAUCCUUUUCUUGCUCCUGUAAUUAAUGACAUAACUAGAUCCCCAAAUAAUGUGGUUUUUGACUUCCUCUGGAGUAUGUGGUUCGGGUACAUUUCCCCCUCCAGCCUUGUGCCAGCUUAAUAUUACUUGUCUGUAGUAAAGUGGUAUAUGUUUCAUACACGGAGAGUCUGAACUGUUUUUAAAAUAAGAAAGUCUGGCCUGUUUUUUGUGUGUGUUAUGCAUUCUUUGCUAUGAUAAUCUUGAUAUCAACAAGUUACUAAGGUAUAUGCUGAAAAGUGUAUCAGAAAUGAUGUACAUGUAGUUACUAAUAUUGGGCUGACAUGAUCAGAAGUGGCCAUGUUGUGUUGUGCAGUCUUUGCUUUGUACACUGUAAGUAUCAACAACACACUACUAAUAAACUAUUAACGUUAUAUUAAUGUAUGAUUUUUGUG